GAUUCCUCGGAUAGUCUUGAAUUGAAAUCGUCGAAUCUGUUCUUACACGCUCUGUCGCGAAUCCCAUUACUAAUAUUGUAUUACACGACAAAUAACGUUGUUGAAAUUAUGACUUAAUACAUUAUAAUUUUAGCUUUAUGGCGGCGGUGAUGUCAGCCAAUUUUUUGCAAACCGUAAACAUUGAAGAUAGUGUCUGUCAAACGUUGAGCAGAAAUUAAACAAUAGUCGGGGAGUUAAUUUAUGCGGCGUAUUAUGCUCUAAGGCAUACCUUGAGAUCUCAUAGUUACGAAUCUUGAUCAAUACAACUGUCACUAUUUCCGAAAACACUUAUGUUAAUGCAAUAUGAUAGCCAUGUGAGUCACACAAGUGUAACCUGUCAGAGAAAGUUCGCGCGUUUUGACCGAGAGAAGGUGACCGUCCCCGCUGAAUACGACCGGCUGCAUCGCAGUGAAACUUUUUAAUGUGGCAUAAUAGUAAAAGUUGAUUGUUCUCAGCGAUCAUUAGUUAGUAGCUGUGCUUUAGCGCAUACAGAGCUUCGCGAGUGUUCGCUUACAGUGUUGGCAAAAUGUUCUUGACCUCAUAGUGUUAGUGGAUUGCACGAGGAUGUUGGCAUCGGUGGUGUCGAUCGCUAACCCCGGCGGUCACUCUUUGUCGGCCAUGUUCAGAAGGAAUAGGAAUCGGUCGCCUCCAUCAUCUGUCACGAGUCGCCCAGAGAAGCCUCUGUCCUCAUUGGCGACAGGCCCUCCUCCUCCCGCGGCUAUUUUACCGCGAUCAGCAGAAGGCCCCAAACCUCCAGGCUGGAACGGCCAACCCAGGAGGCAUGGUUCCAGCAGAUUCAACGUGCAACAUCACAAUCAGGAGCUUGUCAAAUUGCCCACCAUCAAAGAUGCGCCAGCCGCUGAGAGAGAGCAGCUCUUCGUUCAGAAGUUACGGCAGUGCUGCCUACUGUUCGAUUUCGCCGAUGAACCGUUGUCAGACCUCAAAUGGAAGGAAGUGAAACGUGCCGCCCUCCUGGAGAUGGUGGAGUAUGUGACGUCACAGCGCGGCGUCAUCACAGAGGCCAUAUACCCAGAGGCUGUGAAUAUGUUCGCGAUAAAUCUAUUCCGGACGUUACCACCAUCUUCCAACCCGAACGGCGCUGAGUUCGACCCUGAGGAGGACGAGCCCACGCUCGAAGCGGCCUGGCCUCACCUGCAGCUAGUCUACGAGCUGUUCCUCCGGCUGUUAGAGUCGCCAGACUUCCAACCAAAUAUCGCUAAGAAGUAUAUUGACCAAAAAUUUGUAUUACAGUUACUAGAGUUAUUCGACUCGGAGGACCCACGGGAGCGUGACUUCUUGAAAACCACACUCCACAGGAUAUAUGGAAAGUUCUUAGUACUGCGCGCCUAUAUACGGAAACAGAUCAAUAACGUGUUCUAUAGGUUUAUAUAUGAAACGGAACAUCAUAACGGCAUCGCGGAACUCCUGGAGAUCCUCGGCUCCAUCAUCAACGGGUUCGCACUGCCGCUGAAGGAGGAACACAAGCUGUUCCUACUCAAGGUGCUAUUGCCGCUGCAUAAAGUGAAGUCGCUGUCGGUAUACCACCCGCAGCUCGCGUACUGCGUCGUCCAGUUCCUAGAGAAGGACCCCUCGCUCACGCAACCUGUAGUUAGGGCAUUAUUAAAAUACUGGCCGAAAACACAUUCCCCCAAAGAGGUGAUGUUUUUAAACGAAAUGGAAGAGAUCUUGGAUGUGAUCGAGCCAGCCGAGUUCCAAAAGAUCAUGGAUCCGCUAUUCAGGCAGCUCGCCAAGUGCGUCUCCAGUCCACAUUUCCAGGUAGCGGAACGCGCACUGUACUACUGGAACAACGAGUACAUAAUGUCCCUAAUAUCGGACAACGCGACACACAUACUGCCCAUAAUGUUCCCAUCGCUGUACCGCAACACCAAGAGCCACUGGAACAAAACCAUCCACGGGCUGGUCUACAACGCGCUCAAGCUCUUCAUGGAGAUAAACCAGAAGCUGUUCGACGAGUGCACACAACAGUACAAGCAGGAGAAACAGAAAGAACGCGAGCGGAUGCUUCAACGCGAAGAGUUAUGGCAACAGAUAGAAGACCGCGCGGCUACCAACCCCGCGUACCGGACACUAGUCUCGCCCGCCCCCGCGGCCUCACCCGCCCCUGCUUCAUUAUUAACAGACGAUGGGACUCCACUGGCCCCCGGGGCUACGCCAGAUCUCUCUUAUCAAAGGCUCGAACAGGAAUCGCAAGAAGCGCGAAAACAAGGUUACAACGCGAACAAACCGCUGCUACGCAAGAAGUCGGAACUGCCAGCGGACUCGACAACCGUGAAGGCGCUGAUCGAGCACAAGCGCGCCGACCCGUUCCUGCCCACGCCGCCCGACGUCAACCAGUGCUAGCGUGGCGUGCCUCGCACAAGGGAACACUUGUUAGUAUUUUGUCGAACUAUGCAAUCAUGAAAUACCUCGGGUGACCCUCGUGAUCGGAUAUGCGAAACUCGCCGUACGGUCGUGGCAGUGAUGUCGAAAUUUCCAGAACGUUCCAUUAAAAAGAAAUCGCUCCGACUUCUCUACAGUGGAUUAGGAUUCGAGAACAUUGCGUGCAAGCGAAAGGACGCUACUGUGGCGCGUGAGACACGUUGUGGUCUAUAUAAAAUAAAUAGUUAGUACACAUUAUUAUAUUAUAAAAUUGGUAGUGUUUUGUUGUUUUCUAUACACCAGCAGAUCGACUGCGCGGGACGCAUAAAAGCUGAUCACUUCGAUUUGGUGGAACUCCGAUUUGUCUUGCUCUUAACAAAGGAGAUAGAAAGAGACGACCUAUACAAAAGCAACGCUGAAGACUGUGUUUUUAUUUGUCCGUAUGCAUUUAGUUUAAUAGUCUAGAAUAUUCUAUCUCUUUACACCUUCUGAUACGAACAAGACAUUAACGUAGUUCGACCAAGGGAGUGGUCAUAACAAAUGUCAAAUUUAAAGUGUAUUCGAUUUUGUUUAUAAGCUGUUAAGGUUUAGAAUAAGAAGUUACUGAUCGAGAAUUGGACACAGCCUCUGUUUGACAGUCGAUCGCUCAGGUCUAUGCCGCACUGGGUAGACAAUGCUGUUGAUUUUAUAAUGUUAAAAUAAUAAAGCUUAUGCAAUUAUUGUACAAGAUUGUAUUUCGUUUGUAUGUUUUAUUAGACUCACGUCCGCUACAGGAAAUUUUAACAAAAUAGAGUAAUUAAUGUUAAAAUAAUAAAAUUAAUGAUUUUUUUAUAUAUGCAAGCCAAUUAAAUUCGAAAUUAUAUACGAAUAUAUGAAUUGAAUUAUAGAGAUUUUAGAAUACUGCUGAAAUAAUGAUAUAUAUAUAUAUAUAUAUGGCAUACCCACUUCAAUUUUGUCUGUUGCUCAUACUUGUGAUGCGAGUAGACGUAUUAAUUAUACUCAAAAACAUGUUUGGUACUAAAUAAUGUACCUGUUUUAAGGGAAAUAAAUUUACAAAUGGUACGCCUCAUUUGUUAUCAUUACUGAGGCUUGAGUUAUGCCAUCGCAUCCUGCAAUAUCUGUGCGCUGCCAUAUCGCACCUUUCAAACUAAAAUAAGCAAUCAAGCACAAUUACUUGGUUGGAAUGUAUGCGAGAACAUUGUACAAUUAAACGAACUUACCUGAAGUGAAGUUCUAUUGAAAUUUUACGAGAUGCUUAGUCCGAGACACUCUUCAUAUAUUCACUUGUAGUUUCAACAAUCUCCGCAUUGUGUCUUCGUGUUAUUUAGAGAAUAGCGAAUGCUUCCAUUAAAAAGUAAAAAACAAAGCACUGGCAAGUCCACAAAUGUCACUACUCAUUAUUUUUAGAACGUCCUGAAAAAACUUUGCGUCUGUCUACAACUCUCAACUUCAGAAAAGAAGGGUUGAACAAUAAAAAAUUGUACAGGCUGGAUGGGCGCUUAGUGUUUCGGACUAAGCAUCUCGUACAAUUUCAAUAGAACUUCACUUCAGGUGAGUUCGUUUAAUUGUACAAUUAUACGAGAUGCUUAGUCCGAGACACUCUUCAUAUAUUCACUUGUAGAUAUUUAGAGGUUGGGAGUUGUAGCAAGGCUUAUAGGCUAGCAGUAACAAAAAACUCACUAUUAAUUCACACAAAUAACAUAUAUUUUCUUCACAAAUUAAAUACUUAAUACGAAGAAAACAGUACUUAUUCAAUAUUCUCUUAAAACAGUCAACAUAAAGAGAAUGCCUAAACAGACUAUAUUACACACAGCCUCAGCAAACAUGUAAUCAGUGUUAGUUUGAAGAGAUCUAUUAUAAUAAUUCGCAAAUACCUUCGAACCUAUAGGAAACAAUAAAGAGUAUCUAUCUAUAACCUAUAGACCAACCUGCAGUCUUACAAAUAGUAUCUAGAGUUACACCUUCUCUAAACGCUGAGGAAGUAGAGGCAUGCCGUGUGAAAUGGGGGGUAAAUUUUUUUAUAUCCACACCACUAUCCGACAUUACUUGUCUUAUCCAUCGACUUAUUGUUUGAUUAUCGACAUAAUUAUGAGGGUUUUUUUUUUUUUAUAAGAAAUCAACAGUUUAUCUUUGGAAUCUAUAUUCCUCAAGUUUUGGAGCUUUUCAACGUAACACUUUAAUGUUAGAGCUGGACAAAUUUCGGGUUUAGUGUGAAAAAAUGGAAGUGAAAGACUGGCUUGGUGUUUUCCUGGAGCAGAAGUUUUUAACAAAUUUGUUAUUUUAAUCUUAACCCCUUUAUCAUCAAACUCUAUAUUAUUUAAUCUAAUUACAGAUAAUGUCUGUAUGCGUUGUGCACUUGUUAGAGCUAAUAAGAUGUCUAAUUUCUUUGUCAGUUUUUCUAGCUGUAACUCUUCAUUGGGAAACCAGUUGCAAAUAUAGUUUAAAAUUAUUGUAGGGUCCCAUGUGUCAUUGUAUUUCGGUCUAUAAGGCUUAAAACGGAAAAUAUCUUUAAAGAACCGUCUGAUAAGGUUGUCUGUGCCUAAGCUUGGCUAUAAUAGUGACAGUGCUGAACGAAAAGUAUUCAAAGUGCUAUAAGAGGCCCCUUGUUCAAAAAUUUCACUAAGGAAUUUAAGUAUCUUGGGGAUGGAUAACUCGUACACAUUUUUCCCAUUGCAAUAAACCCACCAUUUUUUAAGUGCUACUAUGUACGAACUACUGCUUAACGGUGUUAUCUGAUCAAGAAGAUAUAACCUUGAUAGCCUCCUCCGGUAUUAAUCUCUUCCUAAACACUUCCCUGAUAAGAUGCAGGCUCCCAGGGAAAGGCUGCUGUGCAAGGGAUACAGAUCUCUGAAAGGUGAUAUCAGUAAAUAUUUACGAGGGUGAAAUAUUAUGAUUUGAGAUACAGCCAUAUCAUUAAUAAGAGGAUACCGAGGUUGAGACGUCAACAUAGGAAAAACCAAAAUACCGGUUGCUUUAUAAUAUUAAAUUUUUUGAAUAGUUUUCAGGAUUAAAGAAAAGGGUGGAAAUGUAUAAAACAAUGUAUAAUUUGACCAGUCGACUGUUAAUGCAUUAAUAUUUACUGCAUAUGGGUCUCUGUGCCAGGAAAUAUAUUUAGAACAUUUAGUAUUGGCUCUGGUUGCAAUAAGAUCAAUAGAUGGAUUCCCUAAUAAUCUAGUAUUUUUUUAAAGGCUUUAUUGCAUAGCUCCCAUUCAGAAUCUAUAUUCUGUACCCUCGAAUUAAAAUAAGCUUCUAUAUUUUCCUUAGAUUUGAUAUAUGAUGCAAACAACCAAAUAUUUUAUUUGACAGUACAAAGACCAAAUGGCAUACAGUUGAACUCAUACAAUAUACUCUGAAAUUCAAAUCUAAGAAACUUUUUAUCUUUACCAAUUGAGAUUAAAAAAUAUGCAUCUUUCAAAUCUAUAGUGCACAUAUAAUUAUUUUUAUGAAUUAAACUACAUAAAGUUCUCAUAUCUUCUAUCUUAAAAUGCUCAGAUAAGAUGAACUUAUUCAAUAUUUUUAAAUUUAAAAUGAAUCUAAUUUUGCCAUUUAGUUUUGAUACUGAAAAUAUUUUUGAUAUAAACUGUCCCGGUUCAUGUUUACAUUUUGAAAUGACAUGUAAUUUUAACAAUCUUUCAAUUUCCUCUGUUAUACCUAAAAUUUCUUUAGGCGAGAAUUUAGAAUGUUUUGGUAUUAUAUGUUGAAUAGGGGGUUCUAAGAACGGAAUAUCAUAUCCACUAAUCCAUGACAGUAUAAGUCUAUCUUGAGAACCCAGGAAGCUUCUACAAUGGCCCAAAUGAGAGACUAAGUGCGGAAAAUAGAGUCUUUUUCACAUUCACAUUGAAGUCUAUCUUGAGUUAUUUUUUCCCAACAGGGAACAAAAUACUUAAGGCGGCCAGCAAAAACUUUUACCUUCAUGAUUGGCGCACAGGCCUCCGUGCAGG